AUGGGAUCGGCUCGUCUAUUUGAGCUCGGCUUCGUGGCUCGUCAAGCCGAUGUUACGUGGAAAAUGUUUGCCAUACCAAAGCUUCGCGGUCAGUUUGAGGAUAAGGUCAUGCGGUCGCUAAGAAGCCUUUUACAAAUUGGUUUUAUUUUUUUUUGUGCCCUAAAUGGAGUUGUGGACUUCUACAUGGAUGUUGGGCAUGGGAGACUGCGCUGGUCCCGAUUCCUUGCCAUCUACAGGAUAGUACACAACUUCGUAGUGUUCACCCUGACGACUAGGUUUCUACUGCAAUUUCUAGAAGUUUUCUCGGACUCAUCAGAAUCAAUUGUGUUAAGGGUUAAUUUUUUCACCUACUUCACAUUGGUUUUUCUCUACCUCACCAGCUGCAUGGGGUGUUCCUAUCGCUGGCGAAAUAGAAUAUUUGUGGUGAUGCAGAAGCUGCAAAAACUUAGGGAGCUUAGCAGGAUAAUGGGAUAUAGAUGGUCGAAAGAAAAUCAGCGAUACCUGAAUCGCUUGCUGCUUAUAAUGACCUUCCUUCUGAUCCUUCGUCUCGGCAUCCAUUUGGCUCUAUUUGCUCUCAGCACCAGGAUGGGCUUUAACCAUUCCUGCAACUGCUUUCUGCCCGAGUUCAUGAUAUUUGCAAUGAACUACUUGGUCUUUGCCAUUGUGUCGGAGAUAUGCGAGUGCUGGUGGCGAUUGGAGUCCGGCCUGAAGAUGGUACUCCUGGUUACGAGACCGAGAUCUGUGACCCACCAGCUACGCCAGGUGCAAAGGCUGCAAACCAUGUUUCAGUGCCUAAUCGAUUUAACCUCGGAAGUGGGCUCCAUCUUCGAGUUCGUUCUGCUAAGCUACCUGCUUCGCAAUCUUUGGAGUGGCAUUGUGGCCGGAUACAUGGUGGUACGCGUAAUUCUCGGACAUGGACACGCCGACAGGGAGUUUAUGUACAUUUUGCUGGCCUUGGUUACGUGUAUUCAACCUCUGAUGGUAUCGCCCCUGAUGAAUUGUUUGGCCAACACAACCGAAUUCCUAACCGAAACGGCCAUGGAGGUUCUGAGGACUCCUCACAAACAAAGCACCGAGGUGGAGCGAAGUGUCGAAUGGCUAUCACUGCAGUUUGCAAGACAGCAUACUUACAUCGCUAUUUUUGGCACAUUUCGCAUGAAUCGCUCGCUGGUCUUUCAAAGCACAUCGGUAAUCCUGGUGCACGUGCUGUACAUGGUGCAAUCUGAUUAUAUUGCAAUAACAAAAUAAAUCAUUUAGAACUUUGCUUACAACCUUCAAAACAAAAUAUAAUUGUCAAACUUAAAGCCAUUUUUGGCCAUACUUAAAGGAUGCCUUUUGAAUCUUCUUCCACUUUUUCACCCAGUCAAUAAAAACGCAAAUGGUUAGUUUUGAAAGUAUCAUUUUUCUCUUGUCUUUUCUGUUUUUAUUUUAUUAUAGAAUUUGUAUCUUGUUUAGCUUAUGUCAUAGAAUUAGUUGUUUACGUUUUUAUUCAUUCUGAUUUCGAUUUAUUGUUUAAAAUCAACAUUCAUAAACACG